GCAUUUAUGCCCACGAGAAAAACAAGUGAAUAAUUUAAAUUUGUUGGUUGUUGCUAAUUUUUUUCUGCGGAAUGGCCGCAAAUAAUUACUUUGGUUUUGCUCAUGGAGGUGCUCAAUAUGGUGCGGCGGCAACUGGAGCCGCUUAUCCUGCUGCUCAACCAGGAUACGCGGUGACUCCUGCGGCAACUGCAGCUACUUAUGGAACACAACGGGCGGCGUCUACUGCUUAUGAUACAGCAGCAUACCAAGCUGCAGCCACACAAGGCACCUACGCCACUACUGGUGCUCCUGCAACUUAUGACUAUGGAUAUGGUCGAGCUGCAACUACAUAUGAUGCAUCAAAGACAUAUUAUCAGCAAGCUGGUGCUACGGCUGCAGUGGCAGGUUAUACAGCUCCUGCGUAUGAUGCAAAUGCAGCCAAGCCUGCCUACCAAACUACUGUAAAUUACACAACCCAAGCUACCGCUCCUAGGCAGAGUGCCAACCAAACUGCCAAGGCUCAAUAUGUACCAGCAACUCAACAAACCUACGCGCAAGCACCUGCUACUGCCACACAAACAACAUAUCAAUCGAAUAACCAAACGACUGCAGCACAAAAACAAAAUACAGCUGCAGCAACAGCUAAUUCAACACCUUAUUCUGGUUAUGAUGCCGCUUUAUACAGUGCUACUACUAUGUUUGUUGCUCAACAACAACAAAAAGGUGGUCAAACUGGUGCACAAGGUGGUUGGCAAGGUUAUCCCAAAAAAGGUGGCCAAGGCAAUCAAGGUGGAGUAGGUGGACAUAAGUCUCAAAGGCCAAAACAGCCUCCAAAGCCUCAACAACUCCAUUAUUGUGAUGUUUGCAGAAUAAGCUGUGCAGGACCUCAGACUUACAGAGAACAUUUAGAAGGACAAAAGCAUAAAAAGAGAGAAGCAAGUUUAAAAUUAGUAGCGACUGUAACUAACGUUUCUCAAGGUCGUGCUGGGAAUGCUCUUCGCUGUGAGCUAUGUGAUGUGACAUGCACAGGGAAUGAUGCAUAUGCAGCUCAUGUUCGUGGAGCUAAACAUCAAAAGGUUGUUAAGUUGCAUACAAAACUUGGAAAGCCUAUUCCAUCACAAGAACCUCAAGUUCUGGGGAAAAAAACUUCUAGUGCUGGGCAGAAGAUAAACUUUGUUGCUUCAGGUGGCUUGGGAGCAACUAGUUCCAGCUCACCAUCUGGAACAACUGAAGAAAAUGCUGCUGAAAUGGAGACAGAUAUGGAACCUGAUAUUCAACCAGUUGGCCAGGAUUAUAUCGAAGAGAUGAAAGGGGAUGAUGGAAAGGUGUUAAGCUUCAAUUGCAAGCUAUGUGAUUGUCGUUUUAAUGAUCCAAAUGCUAAGGAAAUGCACAUGAAAGGACGUCGUCAUAGACUGCAAUACAAGAAAAAAGUUCAGCCUGAUUUAGUAGUAGAUGUCAAGCCCUCAUUGAGGCAACGCAAGCUCCAAGAGGCAAAAGUACAAAGGGCAGCCAUGCGUGAAGAGUUUUGGGCUCGUAGGAGAAUGGCUGAAUCUGAAAUGGAGGAAGAAGAGAGACUAUAUUGGGAGGAAAGAAGGCGUUAUGAAGAUGAAUGUGAUUAUUUGGAAUGGUGCAGAAGAGGUCCUGGAGCACCAUUCCCUGGUCCUCCAAGACCGCCCAUGAUGGGACGUCCAGGUCCUAUGGGUCCAAUACCUCCCUUCUUUGGCAUGACACAGCAAGGACCGCGAAGACCUGAUAGCUCUGACGACAAGCAUGUUUUAGCAAAGCAUGCUGAGAUUUAUCCUAAAGAAGAAGAAUUGCAAGUUAUUCAAAGGAUUGUUUCUCACACAGAACGCGCAUUAAAAUUUGUUUCUGAUGCUUUAGCAGACCAAUCACUGAGGAACAGUGCUGCUAGAAAUUCUCAUACAUCUACAAAGCCUGCUGCUGCUGCUGCUGCAAAUAAAUCUAUUCCUACAACAACUGAACCUCCAAAAACAAAUGCUGAUAAUAACAAAUCGACUGUCGACAAAGAACCAGAUUCCAAAAAAGAUGGUGAUAAAAAAGAUUCAAAGGAAGAUGGAAGAGAUAAUCAAUUGUUCUCUUUCCAUCGUGAUGCUGACACAUCUGCAGUACGUGUUCUAAAAGGAGUAAUGCGAGUAGGUCUACUUGCUAAGGGUUUACUAUUGCAAGGCGAUAAUAAUGUGCAAUUAGUAGUGCUUUGUGCUGAGAAGCCCACCAGCACAUUAUUGAAGAAAGUAUUCCAGGAAUUGCCAAUACAAUUGAAAAAGGUAUCAGAGGAGCAUAAAUACAAAGUGAGUUUAGUACCUAUUGAAGCUGGAAUCACCAUUUCUGAUGGCAAUAUAACUGUUCUGGUAUCAUUGACAUCGCCCUUAAUGCGUGAACAAGCAGAUGGGAAAACAGUAUCACAAUCCGGAGAUGGAGCUUCGAAUCAAGCUAAUGCAGGACCAACUAUGGCUUCUAAUGACAAUAGCCCUGCUGAUUUACUGCCGAGACAAAAAUGUUUAGAUGCUUUAGCAGCUCUUCGUCAUGCCAAAUGGUUCCAGGCUAGAGCAACACCACUUCAUAGCUGUGUGAUAGUAAUUCGUAUCCUAAGAGAUCUUUGCCAGAGGAUACCAACAUGGGCACCACUGAAUUCAUGGGCUAUGGAGCUGCUAGCUGAAAAAGUUUUGCAAUCUGCUGGAAUGCCUUUGAGCCCUGGUGAAUGUCUGCGCCGCAUUUUGGAGUGUCUAGCUGGAGGAAUUCUUUUAAAUGGUCCUGGUAUUUUAGAUCCCUGCGAGAAAGAAUCGCAGGACGCUGUAGGAAAUUUAUCAAGUCAACAGCGUGAAGACCUUACAGUGUCAGCACAACAAUAUCUGCGUCAACUAGCUUUCAGACAAAUUCAUAAAAUAUUAGGAAUGGAUCCUAUUCCUGUCACUAAAAACCAAAGAGUUUGGCGAUUUACAAGAAAACGCAGGCGAUCAGGAACAGAACCCACAGAUGCUGAAGGUGAUGGAAAAAUGGUUAAGAAAGAAAAUGAGAAAACAGAUUCUGUAACCAUUAAAAUGGAAACUACAGCCUAAUUUUUAAGUUUCUUUUAUUUAUGUAAGAUGGUAGCAUAUAUGGUAGUAAAAUAUUAUAUUUACUUACAAGGAGUAGUUUAUAUUAUAUACUUUAAAUAUUUAUAUUGCAAAGCAUUGAUAUUUUUUUUUGUAACUAAAAUUG